UACAGGCCUUGCAUAGUGGUUUUGCUUGUCCAUUGUAAUUUUCUAACACUCCAAAUACAUUUUAUUAGUAAAUUAAUUCUAAUGAAAAAUACAGUAUUUUAAUGACUCCAAAUCACUUGUGAAUAAUAUUACUACAGGUAUCUGGUUCUGACACACCUCUUUGAUGACUCAGCUAUUAAUCAUUCUAUUAAUAUUUUUAUGCAGUGUUUUAGCUCAAUAGCUCCCAGGUUAUUUGGCCUUUUGACUCCAGAUCAGUUAUUGAUCUAUUACUACACACCGUGGUUCAGACACACCUUGUUGGUAAAGCUGUUAAUAUUGUCAACAGUUUAUAUCAAUAUUUACAUGAAAAAUGCAGCUUUUUAGCUCAGUUACCAGCAGAUUCUUUGACUUAUUAACUCAACAUCAGCAUUAUUAAGGCUUUCCUUAAUUUAUAUCAUUGUUCAGUUGAGUUUUUUAGCAACAAUAUUAAUAUGUCUUCUAUUUAUUAUAAAUAAGGGGAGUUGUGAUCCUUGGCACUGGACGUUUGUUUUGUUUAUUCUUUCAGUUUCGCUUUUACUGUAAUGAUGAGAAUAUCUGCACCCCGCUAAACAACGUGUCGUCUGGCUUGACUGCAGUCAGCAGUCCUCCGGAGCAGCGAGCUGCGUCUCCUUUAAAAAACAUUCUGCUCCUCUGGUGGAGAUAAGGUCGCUCCUCCAGAUCGUGGCGCACUUCACUUCACAAGUCUCCGUGUCUCCAGGAUCUCUGCUCCAUCUGACUGGUCCACAGGAAGAAAUUGACUGAAGAUGUCUGGUGUGGAUGAAGAGGAGGACAGAUCAGGUGUGGACAGGUUGUCUCUGAAGAGUAACCGGUCCAAAGGUCUUCUACCAGUGUUCAGUGGUGAACCUGGACCUUCACUGCAGCAGCUUCUAGAAGAACAUCAGAAGAGUGUGAGGAGGAGAUGUGAACGUGUGACUGAAGGAAGUGAUGAAGCAGGAGGAGGAAGCCUCCUCAACAGGAUCUACACUGAGCUCCACAUCACAGAGGGACUCAGUGAGGAGCUUCAGAGGGAACCUGAGCUGCAGCAGCUGGAGACAGCUUCCAGGAAGGAGAGCCUCCAUCACACUGCCAUCAGGGUUCAGGACAUCUUCAAAGCCUCGGCCCAGCAGCACACACACAUCCGAGUGGUUUUGACCAGCGGCGUGGCCGGCAGCGGAAAAACCUUCUCGGUGCACAAGUUCAGUCUGGACUGGGCCGAGGGCCUGGAGAACCAGGAUGUCAGUGUGCUGGUGGUGCUCUCCUUCAGGGAGCUGAACCUGCUGGGAGAGCGGCCGUACAGCCUCCUCUCGCUGCUGGCUGUUUUCCAUCCCACGCUCCAGAAGCUGACGGCAGAGGAGCUGGCUGUCUGCAGGCUGCUCUUCAUCUUUGACGGCCUGGAUGAAAGCAGACUUUCUCUGGACUUCAGCAGCAGCCGGCGGCUGCUUGACGUCUCCCAGCAGUCUUCAGUCAGCGAGCUGCUCACUAACCUCAUCCGGGGGGAUCUGCUGCCCUCGGCUCGGGUCUGGAUCACUUCCCGACCGGCGGCGGCCCAUCAGAUCCCUCCAACAUGUGUGGACAGACUGACAGAAGUGCGAGGCUUCACUGACGCCCAGAAGGAGGAGUACUUCAGGAGGAGGCUGAGUGAUGAGGAGCUGAGCAGCAGAAUCAUCUCCCACAUCCAGACCUCCAGGAGCCUCCACAUCAUGUGUGGAAUCCCAGUCUUCUGCUGGAUCACUGCUACAGUUCUGGAGCACAUGUUGAGCAGCGAGCAGAGAGGAGAGCUGCCCCAGACCCUGACUGACAUGUACUCCCACUUUGUGCUGGUUCAGACUCACAGGAAGAAGCUCAAGUACCAUGAAGGACCUGAGACGGGUCCACAGGAGCUGACGGAGGCUGACAGGGAGCUUCUUCUGAAGCUAGGCAGGAUGGCCUUUAAACAUCUGUACAGAGGAAACAUGGUGUUCUACCAAGAAGACCUGGAGCAGUGUGGUCUGGAUGUGACUGAGGCCUCGCUGUUCUCUGGAAUCUGCACUCAGAUCUUCAAAAGAGAGUGUGUGAUCUUCCAGAAAGCCGUCUACAGCUUCGUCCAUCUGAGUGUUCAGGAGUUUCUGGCUGCAGUCUUCAUGUUCCACUGUUUCACCAACAGGAAGACACAUGAGCUGAAGACAUUCAUGGUUGAGGUUCAUGCUUUCACAUCUCUCGACGUUUUCCUGAAGAUGGUCCUUCAGAAAUCCCUCAGAAGUCCAAACGGCCACCUGGACCUGUUUGUCCGCUUCCUUCAUGGCCUCUCUCUGGAAUCCAACCGGAGACUCUUAGAAGGUCUGCUGGGUCGGACAGAGAUCAGUCCAGAAACCAUCCAGAGAGUCAUCCAGAACCUAAAGAAGAUCAACAGUGACACAAUUUCUCCUGACAGAAGCAUCAACAUCUUCCACUGUCUGAUGGAGAUGAAGGACCUCUCAGUACAUCAGGAGAUCCAAGAGUUCCUGAAGUCAGAGAACAGAUCAGAGAAGAGACUCUCUGAGAUCCACUGCUCAGCUCUGGCCUACAUGCUGCAGAUGUCAGACCAGGUCCUGGAGGAGUUGAACCCGAAGAACUACAGGACAACAGAGGAGGGACGACGGAGACUGAUCCCAGCUGUGAAGAACUGCAGGAAGGCUGAUCUUUCUUUCUGUGGACUCUCUGAUUCUCACUGUGAAGUGAUCUCCUCAGCUCUGAACUCUGACCCCUCCCAUCUGAAACUUCUGGAUCUGAGUCACAACAACCUGAAGGAUUCAUCAGUGAAGAUUCUGAGUGCUGGACUGGAGAGUCCAAACUGUAACCUGGAGACUCUGAGCUUGCAGGGCUGCAGUUUGUCAGAGAUCAGCUGUUCUUUUGUGGUCUCUGCUCUAAAGUCCAACCCCUUCCUCCAGAAACAUCUGGAACAUCUGGACCUGAGCUGGAACCGUCUGCAGGAUUCAGGUGUUUCUCAGCUGUGUGGUUUUCUGCAGAGUCCACUCUGUGGUCUGCAGACUCUGAGGUUGAUGAGCUGCAGUUUGUCAAAGAUCAGCUGUUCUUCUCUGGCCUCAGCUCUGAAGUCCAACCCCUCCCACCUGAAAGAGCUCCACCUGGAUUCCAACCAGCUGCAGACUCCAGAUGUGCAGCAGCUGGUUGACCUUCAGCAGAGUCCAGACUGCAGCCUGCAGACUCUGAGGUCAGUAGAUGAGAGCAGAGAAGAGGCUGUGAGUCCUGAAGAUCCUCCUCCUCCUCCUCCUCCUCCUCCUCUCCUCAGAUUGUAUCAUCAAUAGAUGUCCAUGGCGUUAUCAGAAUUUGAAAUGCUGCCGUACUGGAAAAUGUUCUUCACUCAGAACUUUUCACCUCCCUGAAUGUGACUCUAUGGAACAAUACAUACAUCUGACAUGGGAACAAGUCCUUGUUUUUUAAAGACUGUUCUGAGAAGAAUAUUUGACUGACAACUGAUCCUCGUCCAACUGUAUAACUAACUGUUCCCAAAGUUUUUCAUUUGGACCAGAGAAAGCCACGUUCCAACUGAUGGUUUGGUUUGUAUUCAUUUUGUCACAGCAAUUGGCAAACCUUCUCAAAUCGGUAGACAUGACCCACAACCACCACCAUGAAAACUAAAGAGAAGACAAAUAUACAUUAUCAGCAGUGGCGGCUGGUGGUGAAAUUUGUUGGGGGGGCUAACAAAUGCUUGCAUAAUACAGAUUAAAUAGUUAACAGAGCUGCAAAAGCAACAUCACCUAUGAUACAUAGUUACAUCAAUUACAGGUAGCUACACUAUACUUUUUUAGUGCUCUACAUCAACACACUCUGUCUCUCUCUCGCUCUCUCUCUCUGUCACACGCAUACAUUUCUGCACUACAUACGUGUUCCAACCUAACUUCAACGACUGCCCACAGACAGCCUGCUGCAACUAUCUUAUUACAACUGUUUGGUGACAUGUAGCCAAACACGCUUCACUCAGCAAAAACAAGGUGUCACAGUCGACAUGGGCCUACUUUAUUUGAAAAGAAGCGCACAUCGACGCCUUUCUGGGACGCAAACAGGUUAAUCACCAUGUCGUUGAAGUCUGGUAUUUUUUGGAUGAAGUCCGUCUCAGUCGACAGUGUGGCAGGUGCAUUCAAUCGGUCCAAAUAAUUAGAUUAUCCAAAGCAAAUAGUCCACCUCGUUCAUGCUAAGACCCGCCAUUGCUGAACUUUUUCUCCCUCCUUCCCAACUCUGGCACCAAUAGCAGCCCCGCUGAGUUGAACUGCUUCUAUUGGUCAAGAGUCAGCGGCCUAUGGGCUAACUGAAGUUAACCCAAAAUGCUCAGUAAGCCACGGGAGGCGGGACAUGACACCUGUCAAUCACUUACAAGAACUAAAUGAAUGUAUCUGCUGGGGCUGUAAAAAAAUCAGCCCAUUUAGAGAUAUUCUGUGUUUUCCU